AGCUUAGAAGGUAUAUAAGCACUGGAAAGCUCUGUAAUUUUGAGUUGGUUUGGUGAUAAUUUCCAGGCCUUCUCCCUGUAACCGGUUGCAGAAAUAAAAACUCGCUUCUUCUCCAGUUCAUCUGCAUCUCCUUACUGGACCACAAGAAAUAGCAGCCCGAACCUCAGUUUGGCCCAGGAACAGGUGGUGGAGGGCUCUCGAGGUUUUUUUUUUUUUUUUUUGAGACGGAGUCUCGCUCUGUUGCCCAGGCUGGAGUGCAGUGGCCUGAUCUGGACUCACUGCAAGCUCCGCCUCCCCGGUCCACGCCAUUCUCCUCGACUCAGCCUCCGGAGUAGUUGGGAAUAUAGGCGCCCGCCACCACGCCCGGCUAAUUUUUUGUAUUUUUAGCAGAGAUGGGGUUGCACCGUGUUAGCCAGGAUGGUCUGGAUCUCCUGACCUUGUGAUCCGCCCGCCUGGGCCUUCCAAAGUGCUGGUAUUACAGGCGUGAGCCACCGCGCCCGGCUCUCUCGAACAUUUUUGGCAGACUUUUGCUGUUCAUCAGCCCCACUUCCCCAGCUUUCCCCUGGGUCUCUCUCCGCCAGGAGUUUCUGGUUCCUCUGCAAUUAAUAGCCAAAUCUAGCUGGUUCUUCAAGACAAAGAAUAAAUAGGAUAAACAGGAGCAGCCGAACCCUAACUUUGAGAGCUUUCUCCCCUCCUUUCCUCACUUCCCAGUCAGUGACUCAGAGGAUUUUAACAGCAACAGCUGCCUCCUCUUUGCCAGCUUGAUCCCACCUGCAAAGUGAAGGAACAGCGUUUAAAGAAGUGGCAAUCGGCAAGGACGGAUGCUUCCCUUUCCGCGCAGGCGCGUUCAGUCGCAGCACCGCGACUAUCGCGAUAAACAAGCGAGCUCGAUGCUGGCCCUUUAAUAGCCCCUUCCCGGGGUCCUGCCCCGCGCGUGCGCACUGUGGUUCUGCGCUUGUCAUCAUGGCGACGCGGGGCCAUGUGCAGGACCCUAACGACAGGCGCCUCCGGCCCAUUUACGAUUAUCUUGACAAUGGUAAUAAUAAAAUGGCAAUUCAGCAAGCAGAUAAAUUGUUGAAGAAACAUAAGGAUCUUCAUUGUGCUAAGGUUUUAAAGGCAAUUGGUUUACAGAGAACUGGAAAGCAAGAGGAGGCCUUUACUCUUGCACAGGAGGUGGCAGCCCUUGAACCCACAGAUGACAACUCACUGCAGGCACUGACUAUCCUUUACCGAGAGAUGCACCGACCGGAGUUAGUUACAAAACUUUAUGAGGCAGCUGUGAAGAAAGUUCCCAAUAGUGAGGAGUAUCACUCUCACCUCUUCAUGGCCUAUGCCAGAGUGGGUGAAUACAAGAAAAUGCAACAGGCUGGCAUGGCUCUAUAUAAGAUUGUCCCCAAAAAUCCCUACUACUUUUGGUCUGUGAUGAGCUUAAUUAUGCAAUCUAUAUCGGCACAGGAUGAAAACCUCUCAAAAACAAUGUUUCUGCCCCUUGCUGAGAGAAUGGUAGAAAAAAUGGUGAAAGAGGACAAGAUAGAAGCUGAGGCUGAAGUUGAACUUUAUUAUAUGAUCCUGGAACGUUUGGGAAAGUACCAGGAGGCCUUGGAUGUCAUCAGAGGGAAAUUAGGAGAGAAGUUGACAAGUGAGAUUCAGAGUCGGGAAAAUAAAUGCAUGGCUAUGUACAAGAAGCUGAGCAGGUGGCCAGAGUGCAAUGCCCUUUCCCGGCGCCUCUUACUAAAAAACUCAGAUGACUGGCAGUUCUAUCUGACUUAUUUCGAUUCUGUCUUUCGACUGAUUGAAGAGGCCUGGACUCCUCCUGCUGAAGGUGAACACUCUUUAGAAGGAGAAGUACAUUAUUCUGCAGAAGAAGCUGUGAAGUUUAUAGAAGAUCGGAUAACGGAAGAAUCUAAAAGUUCUCGCCAUCUCCGAGGACCACAUCUAGCUAAAUUGGAGCUGAUUAGGCGUUUACGAAGUCAAGGUUGUAACGAUGAGUACAAACUGGGUGAUCCAGAAGAAUUAAUGUUCCAAUAUUUUAAAAAGUUUGGCGAUAAACCUUGUUGUUUUACAGACCUUAAGGUGUUUGUUGACCUCUUACCUGCUACACAGUGUACAAAAUUUAUUAAUCAGUUACUUGGAGUUGUUCCUUUGUCGACACCAACAGAGGAUAAGCUGGCACUGCCUGCUGACAUCAGAGCUCUGCAGCAACAUUUGUGUGUGGUGCAGCUGACGAGGUUACUUGGCUUGUACCACACCAUGGAUAAAAAUCAGAAAUUGAGUGUGGUCAGAGAAUUGAUGUUAAGGUACCAGCAUGGACUGGAAUUUGGGAAAACCUGUUUGAAAACAGAAUUGCAAUUUUCUGACUAUUACUGUCUCCUUGCUGUCCAUGUGCUUAUUGAUGUAUGGAGGGAAACAGGUGAUGAGACUGCUGUGUGGCAGGCCCUGACUUUGCUGGAAGAGGGAUUAACCCAUAGCCCUUCCAAUGCUCAGUUCAAAUUGCUGCUUGUUCGAAUCUACUGUAUGCUGGGUGCAUUUGAACCAGUGGUGGAUCUUUACUCCAGCCUUGAUGCUAAGCAUAUCCAGCAUGAUACCAUUGGUUAUCUUUUGACCCGAUAUGCUGAAUCUCUAGGUCAGUAUGCUGCUGCGUCCCAAUCCUGUAACUUCGCACUCAGGUUUUUUCACUCCAACCAGAAAGAUACCUCAGAAUAUAUUAUUCAAGCUUACAAAUAUGGUGCAUUUGAGAAGAUCCCAGAGUUUAUCGCUUUUAGGAACAGGCUGAAUAAUUCUCUUCAUUUUGCACAAGUCCGUACUGAACGGAUGCUGUUAGACCUUCUACUUGAAGCAAAUAUAUCAACCAGUUUAGCAGAAAGUAUAAAGUCAAUGAACCUUAGGCCAGAAGAAGAUGACAUUCCAUGGGAAGAUUUACGAGACAACAGAGACUUAAAUGUUUUUUUCAGCUGGGAUCCAAAAGACAGGGACGUUUCUGAAGAACAUAAGAAACUUUCCUUAGAGGAGGAGACCUUGUGGUUAAGAAUCCGAUCCUUAACAUUGAGGCUGAUCAGUGGACUUCCAAGUCUCAACCACCCUGUGGAGCCAAAGAACUCGGAGAAGACUGCCGAGAAUGGGGUAUCCUCCCGGAUUGAUAUUCUUCGUUUGCUCCUUCAACAGUUGGAGGCAGCCCUGGAGACAGGAAAGCGAUUUAUUGAGAAGGAUAUUCAGUAUCCUUUCCUUGGUCCUGUACCUACUAGAAUGGGUGGAUUCUUUAAUUCUGGCUGUUCUCAGUGCCAGAUAAGCUCUUUUUAUCUUGUCAAUGAUAUUUAUGAGUUGGAUACCAGUGGUUUAGAGGAUACAAUGGAGAUCCAGGAACGAAUAGAAAAUAGUUUUAAGUCUUUACUAGACCAGUUAAAAGAUGUCUUCAGUAAAUGUAAAGGUGACCUCUUAGAAGUUAAAGACGGUAACUUGAAAACACAUCCUACUCUUUUAGAAAAUCUAGUUUUCUUUGUUGAGACUAUUUCUGUUAUCCUUUGGGUAUCCAGUUACUGUGAGAGUGUCCUGCGACCAUACAAACUAAAUUUACAGAAAAAGAAAAGGAAGAAAAAAGAAACCAGCAUCAUCAUGCCACCUGUCUUUACCAGUUUCCAAGACUAUGUUACUGGGCUCCAGAUUUUAAUUUCCAAUGUUGUGGAUCAUAUUAAAGGGCUUGAAACAUAUCUAAUUGCACUUAAACUUGAAGAACUUAUUUUAGAAGACACUUCUCUCUCACCGGAAGAGAGAAAAUUUUCAAAGACUGUGCAAGGGAAGGUGCAGAGCAGUUAUCUGCAUUCACUUCUGGAAAUGGGGGAGCUGCUGAAAAAAAGACUUGAGACCACAAAGAAACUAAAAAUUUAAGAAAGUAUCAACCACGGGCACUGAUGACUCUGCAACAGAAAAUGACACCAUCUUCCCAGGCAAAAGCAACAUCUGGUUGACCAUGAUUUUAAUCCAGAACUUCCUCAUAAAAUGCAUGAAGGACUUUGAUCGUGAAUUUUUUUAGGUGUUAAAUAUAUACAACUGAUUAAAUUAUUGUAUAUAAACCAGAAGCAGGACCCUUAUCUGGGUUUGACCACUUUUUAUACAUGUUCAUAUGCAUAUGGCAGCAACAAGAGAACCCUACUUUUCUUCUUCCCAUCACCAGAAACAUCUUUUCAGGGAAUCGGGGGGGUCUAUAAAAACAGCAAUAGAAAUUAAGCAUAAAGCAUCAACCUCGUAGCAACUGAGUAGCCCUUCCAUUAUAAAUAACCAUGAGAGUAUUUGGUCUGGUCGUUGAGCCACAAGUCAUGGAAGGGAGACCAUGCCUGCGAACAGGCCCCCUUUCCACAGCAGUAAGUUUGUUUUGAGGUUUGCUCAGCUACUUGGCUCCCACAGAACCCAAGGCAGUUACACAAAGGACCUUAGAUGAGAUCUGGCAUAUGCACCCGUCAUAGAAGGGCACCACUUGGAUGACCACAGGCCCUCACUUUUUGGCUUAGUUUUUGUCUGAUAGUUAAGACAUCCCCAUCCUGGCUUCUGUGAGAGUUAAAAUCUCAGGAAGGCAAGGAAGGCUCUGUUAAUUUAUAGCUGUUUAGAGGGGAAAGCAGUGCAGACCACUUAUUAAGCCCGCUGAGGACUAGCUUUCUGUCUUUCAUAUAUUUGGGAAAGAUGGGAAUGACUGUUUCAAAGAAGAGAGGUGUACAUAAUUUAUGCAGGCAAGUCUGAUACUUAUUUCAUUGGUUUUGUGAGUCAUAUAUAUACAUAUAUAUGAUGAAAAUUAAGAUUUAAUACUUUAAGUGGGGGGUUUGGGAAGGAAGGAAUGUAAUAUUAUGGAUUUAACCUUAGGCUUUAAGUUUUAGGCUGGCAAAAGAAAUGUUAUUCAGUGGGUUUGAGGUUUGAACUACUUUCUUCAAACUUAGAGAAAUGUAACAGGAUGGUGUUUACUUUGUUUGCCUGGAUGUCCCCAAGACUAUAGCUUCUUCUAUCAGAGGUUGGUCUGAUAGAAGAGGUAAAAAUUGCUCUUGAAAAUGUCAUACAAUUUAUACAGUUUCUUCGAUAAUAUUUUUCUGUUUGAAUCCCUGCUUCUGUUUUUGGUCUGUUACCUAUAGUUCAAGUUUAAUUGUGUAAGAGCAAAGAAAUGAAUUUGAUGAGGAAAUUAAGCAUCCAAUGGAGGAUUGGUCUUGAAGACCUUAAAGGUGCUUUCCAAUCUGCACUGCUCCAGUGAAAUGUGAUACUUUUUUCUUUUAAAAGCAACCAAGAGAGCUGGGAAUAUCUGUGUAUUCAUAGUAAUUGCAUUUCGUCCCUCCAUUUUGACUUUCUUAGAUUCAUAAUUUGAUAUAGUGCUUAAACUUCCAAGGAAAAUUUAAACAGUUACUGCAUUACCUGUUCAAAAUAAGGCUUGUUGGAAAUCCUAGUCCAUCAAGUAAUUUCAAAAAUUUAUUUUUGAUAUGAGUAGCCACAGCUGUCAUAUACCCCAUCCCAAAAGGAAGAACUGUCUUAAACAAGAUGAAUGGAAAAGUCUGGUUAAUUCUGAAUUUCAUGUAAUGACAACAUAUUCUUUCAUAAAACUAUGGCCUGUUUAAGAUGGAACUUUGCGUGUGUCUGCUGGGGAGCGUGGGGUACCUGUGUAUGGCAUGUGUUCUUGAAAUGAUGUCUCUCUGAAUAUCCAAACAAGUACUGUACUGUAGAAAUGCUCUUUGAAAAAGUCUGUCAACUGACCAUGAUCAAUCUAGCAUAUAUAUAUGUUCAGUGGGCUGGCCUUGGUCCUCAGGGACAGUGUGUGACUCUAGUGGUCUUCCUAACCAGUCUCUUGCCUGAAAAUAUCUGGGACCUCUACUGGCUUUAAUGACAAAUAAUGUUAUGUUGAGGUUAUGCUUCCUUUGUUAUUUGCUGAUUUUCCUACUAAAUGUAGCAUUUCAAUUAGAUCCAGCUUUCACAUUUUGAGAUAAUUGUAAAAAGAAUGAAAUUAUGCAGAAAUGGCCAAUAUCUCUUAUCAAUCUGUUCUUUUGGUAACCCUCAUGCACUAUAAAUUGUGUACAGUUAAAAUAUAUAUAUAUAUACACAUAUAUAUAUUCUUACAUGAGUAAAAAGCACCCUCUCCCAGCAAUCGUAUGUCAUUGGUAUUUGAAGAGAAUUCCCAAAUAACUCAUUGCUGCUGCUGCUGUUUUUGAUUUGUAUGGGUUUUUUUGUUUUAUUUGUUUUUGUGUGGUAAAUUGAUAUUUAAAAAAGGAAAGGAGAAAAAUCACGACUACUGUUUACAGACUGAAAAAUUAUUGCUUUUUAUACUACUGAGAUCCUAAGUUAAGACUCUCCAAAGCAAACAUUUGGUUUAAAUCAUUUAUCUGAUGUGGAUAAAAGGUAGAGAAACUUGUAGUGUUCUCCACAUAAUGGAAAAUGUAAAAAUGCCUAGUUGUGUUGCCCAUCAAUUUUGUAUAUUUUCAUAAUUUCAAUUGUUCAAAAUUGCAUUAUAUUUUGCAAUCACUAUGUUCAAUCUGGAUUUGUCUUUCAUUUUAACUUUUAAUAUAAAAAGGGGUUUCAAUGUAUCUACAGGCUUGUUAUUGAAACUUCCUACUUAUUUGAUGUGAUUUAUUAAUAUGGGAAGUAUAUAUUCUUCCUUCUUAAGUAAGUGAAGCAUAGCAAAUCUACUUUAAACUGGAUGGGUUAAUUUAUAUAAACAUUUUCAUUUUAA